UGGAGAGUAUGCUUAGCAUGCUUAGAUGUGACAUAACAGAGUAUGGUAUAGUUCCAGAAAUUCCGAAUAGAAUAUGUAAAUAAUUCUGGAUAUAAUGAUCAACUCUCUCUUUUUUUAAUGUGAAUCACUGAGCUAAAGCACACUGUAUACAGGAAUCUGAGCAGAGCGUGAGUGAUACCAGCAAAAUGAAGUUGAACAUCGAAGGUCUCCUGGUCUAUUUCCCGUAUGAUUACAUUUACCCUGAGCAAUACUCCUAUAUGCUGGAGCUGAAGAGGACGCUUGAUGCUAAGGGACACGGAGUUCUGGAAAUGCCUUCCGGGACAGGAAAAACCAUCUCACUCCUUUCAUUGAUAGUCGCUUAUCAACGAACUUACCCCCUGGAGGUCACUAAACUGAUAUACUGUUCUCGAACUGUGCCUGAGAUAGAGAAGGUUGUGGAGGAACUGAGGAAGUUGAUGGAAUUUUAUGCCAAAGAGACUGGGGAAAACAGUCAUUUUCUUGCCUUGGCUCUUUCAUCGCGCAAAAAUCUGUGCGUGCACCCUGAGGUGAGCUCCCUACGCUUCGGAAAAGAGGUGGACGGGAAGUGCCAUAGCCUGACGGCGUCGUACAUACGCUCACAGCGACAGAGCAACCCCAGCCUGUCUGUGUGCCACUUCUAUGAGGAGUUUGAUGCUAUUGGCAGACAGGUUCCACUUCCCGCUGGCAUCUAUAACUUGGAUGAUCUGAAGGAAUUUGGCCGCCGGAAAGGCUGGUGCCCAUACUACCUUGCCCGAUAUUCUAUCAUCCAUGCUAAUAUUGUAGUUUACAGCUAUCACUACCUUCUGGAUCCGAAGAUUGCUGAUCUUGUAUCCAAAGAACUUGCCAAGAAAUCAGUUGUGGUUUUUGAUGAGGCGCACAACAUUGAUAACGUCUGCAUCGACUCCAUGAGCGUCAACAUCACCAGGAGGAUCAUCGACCGCAGCCAAGCCAAUGUGGAGACCUUGCAAACCACCAUUCAGAAAAUAAAGGAGACUGAUGCUGCAAAAUUAAAAGAGGAAUACAGGAGAUUGGUGGAAGGGUUGAAGGAAGCCAAUGUUGCCCGUGAAACGGAUAUUUAUCUCUCGAAUCCUGUGUUACCUGAUGAAAUUCUACAAGAAGCCAUCCCAGGCAGCAUCCGGACAGCAGAACACUUUGUGGGCUUCAUGAAGCGCUUUCUGGAAUACCUGAAAUCCCGGCUUCGAAUCCAGCAUGUGGUGCAGGAGAGCUCUCCACAGUUUCUCAAGGACAUUUUCGAGAAGGUCUGCAUCGACCGCAAGCCACUCCGGUUCUGCGCUGAGAGACUGCGCAUGUUACUGCGUACCCUUGAGAUCGCCGAUAUCACAGAUUUUUCCGGCAUCACUCUCAUCUCGAACUUCGCGACGCUGGUCAGCACAUACAGCAAAGGCUUCACCAUCAUCAUAGAGCCGUUUGAAGACAAGACGCCCACCAUUGCUAAUCCUGUUCUGCACUUCAGCUGCAUGGACCCCUCUAUUGCCAUCAAGCCAGUGUUCGAACGAUUCCAGUCUGUUAUCAUCACAUCAGGGACUCUUUCUCCAUUGGAUAUUUACCCUCGUAUCCUUGACUUCCGACCGGUUACCACGGCUUCCUUCACCAUGACGCUGGCUCGCACCUGUCUUUGCCCAUUGAUUGUAGGGAGAGGAAAUGACCAAGUGGCCAUCAGCUCAAAAUUUGAGACGCGAGAAGAUUUUGCUGUCAUACGUAACUAUGGGAAUUUGCUGCUGGAACUGUCAGCCAUUGUGCCCGACGGCAUUGUCGCCUUCUUUACCAGUUAUGUAUACAUGGAGAAUAUUGUGGCAUCUUGGUAUGAGCAGGGAAUCCUGGAGAAUAUCCAGAGGAACAAGCUGAUCUUUAUUGAGACACCUGAUGCAGCUGAAACCAGUAUGGCCCUGGAGAAGUAUCAGGAGGCCUGUGAGAACGGCAGAGGUGCGAUUCUGCUGUCAGUGGCAAGAGGAAAGGUGUCGGAAGGAAUCGAUUUCGUGCAUCACUAUGGACGUGCAGUGAUCAUGUUUGGUGUACCGUACGUCUACACGCAGAGCCGGAUCCUCAAGGCACGCCUGGAGUACCUGAGGGAUCAGUUCCAAAUCCGGGAGAAUGACUUCUUGACUUUUGACGCCAUGAGACAUGCGGCGCAGUGUGUGGGCAGGGCCAUCCGGGGCAAAACUGACUACGGCUUGAUGAUCUUCGCUGACAAGCGCUACGCUCGUGCAGACAAGCGAGGCAAGCUGCCCCGCUGGAUUCAGGAGCACAUCUCCGACGGCAGUCUGAACCUGACUAUCGAUGAGACCAUUCAACUGUCCAAACACUUCCUGCGCCAGAUGGCCCAGCCUUUUCGAAGGGAGGACCAACUGGGCCUGUCCCUCCUCACUUUGGAUCAGCUGCAGUCAGAGGAAAUGCUGCAGAAAAUAGCUCAGAUUGCUCAUCAGGCUUGAAAGACCCAUCUAGAGCAUAGACUGAAGCGCAAAAGUCUAGAUGGACAUGGUGUGCACACGUCAUUCCAGCAGAAACAAAUGCAACUGAAAUGUAUAUAGAGGCUUUUAAAAAGAACUUUUCAAAGGAAAUUCAUAUUUGAAUCAUAUAUGAUAUUUGGGGUAUUAUGUAAUACACACUGAAUUUUGUCUAGUUGAACAAAAAGUUGUAUCAGAGUACAAUUUUGUAUCAGUUUUCAAAGAUUGUUCUUGCACAUGUUAAACAUGGCAGCUCCAACCUUAAACACAUUGUAACAAAUGCUAAACAAAGACUUUUUUUUUCCUAA